UGCCAUCUAAAUGGACCAAUGAAAUCCACGCGAUCAGAUUUCUGCAGCUUCCGGUCUCACCCUUCUUCCUCUUCCUGAAUACUUAGCGUGACCGACGUUUCGUGUCUCUUUAGACUUAAAAAUGCGUUACGUGGCCGCUUACCUCCUCGCUGCUCUCGGUGGAAACACCAGCCCCACAGCUAAAGACAUCAAGGCUAUCUUGGACAGCGUAGGAAUAGAGGCCGAUGACGAACGCUUAAAUAAGGUCAUAAGCGAGCUCAGUGGGAAAGACAUCAAUGAAGUCAUGAACUCAGGCCUCUCCAAGUUAGCCUCUGUACCAGCAGGUGGUGCUGUAGCGGCACCUGCCGCUGCUGGUGGUGGGGCCGCUGGAGCUGGGGCUGCCCCUGCUGCUGCGGAAGAGAAAAAGGAGGAGAAGAAAGAGGAAUCCGAAGAGUCGGAUGAAGACAUGGGCUUCGGACUCUUUGAUUAAUCUUCCUUCUCUGUGUAUAAAAAGCAAUAAAAAUGUAAAAGGUUUACAGAAAUCA